AAACAGGGAAACAGAAACAGAAAACCGGGAAGAUGAAUACUGAAUCUGCCUUAUCUGUCGUUGGCUGAGAAGGUGUCGACGUGAUGGGAAUUAUGUCCUGUUGUGGAAAGUUGGCAUAAUACAAUGUCUUGUGUUUGGGAAUGACUUGAGUCCCAAAGGUAUGGAUAUAGAAUAUGUGGGUUUGCAGAUUCGCCUGAUCUUGUGAAUGCUGAAAUGGAUAAGUUUGUGACACGAAAACCAGGCCAUUCCUUCUCCAGAGGAAAACCCAAACCUCCAGAGAAAAAGAAAACUCAGGCAACAAUCGAGCAACUUGGUGGAGUUGUUGUUGUGGAGGACAUUAUGCGUCACAAGGCAAGACUUCAGUCAGAGAAUCAGUCCUCUACCAUCCUGCUAGAAUCUCUUCAAGAACUUGGAAAGAAGAUACCCUGCAAGAAAGUCCUGAUUUCCUCCAAAAUUGGCCACAUUGUGAACAAACUCCGAAAGCAUGAGGACCCAGAAGUAAAUAAGGCUGCCAAACAGGUGUAUACGAAGUGGAGAACCUACUACAAGGACCUCAAGGAUCGCCCUCAGAUUGAGGUCAAGUACGACCGUACUGGUGAAGAAAUGAGGACAUCAGGGCGAAAGUUCUUGGCUAAGGAGUUAGGACUGGAGGAAGGAGCCAAUCUUGUGGAAAUGAUAGAACGGGAGGUGGUGCAUGCAUGUAACCGAAGACUGGACAAGAGUUACCGACGGACGAUGAGGACGCUGGUGUUCACUCUCAAACAUAAACACGACGUCAAGAAAGAUAUUCUUAGCGGGAAGCUAUCUGUGGAGGAAUUUGUGAAAGGAAACAAGAAAUGCUGAUAUUUCCACAAAAUAAUUUAUACACAUCUCCUUCAUUACAAAACUGCUGUUGGCAGACAAAUCUUCUUACCUUGAUGUAAGUGAAUUGCAUGAUGGCCAUUGGCCUUUAACAUAUAUCUGUCUGGUAGUAGAGGAACAUUUAUUUAUUUGAUUGAUCCUUCAAAUUGAUUGAGAGUAAUUUGCUUCUGAUAGCCUGUGAUAUAUUUAAAGCACUCCACCGAUACAUAGGAACCUCUCACC